CGCAACCGCACGAAAUUCUCCUCCCCCCACCUGCUUCCCACUGUUCCAGUUCCAUCCCGAUGACAAGACGCUCGAUGAUGAUGAGUUGAUGACGAAGUGCUGCUGGUAUAUAUUCCGCGUAUUAUUCUACUAAUAAUCGGUUAACUAGUACAGUAUAGUAGUAAUAGUCUCUCUAGCCCCACGACCCCGCCCUCGUCGAUCCCAUCCCCAAUCCCCAAAAGCAUCCACACUGACCUCGCCGCGCCGCGCGCGAGAUCCCACCGGCCGGCCCGGCGGGAGGAAGGGGUUUUCUUCGUCGGGGUGGGGGUGAAGGUGGAGGUGGAGGUAUGGACGCGGCGGCGAAGCUGAAGCGGACCAUCUCGAGGCAGCUGUCGUCGGGGGCGGCGAGGGUGUGGCGGCAGCUGUCGCUGGAGCCGGCGGCGCACACGCCGCGGCGGGCGGGGCCUGGUGCGGGGGCGGGGCCGGGGCCGGGGCCGACGAGGUUCAGGCUCGCGAGGCAGUCGUCGCUCGACCCGACGCCGCGGGGGGACGGGGGGGCGGAGGAUGGGGCGGGGUCCGGGGCCGGGGCGGCGGCGCUGCUGGCCGUGCCGGAGAACCUGGACGCGACGAUGCGGCUGCUGUUCGCGGCGUGCCAGGGGGACGUGGCCGGGGUGGAGGAGCUGCUCAGGGACGGGGUGGACGUCGACAGCAUUGACCUCGACGGGCGCACGGCGCUGCACAUCGCCGCCUGCGAGGGCCAGGGGGAGGUGGUGCGCAUGCUGCUCGACUGGAAGGCCAACAUGAACGCCCGCGACCGCUGGGGCAGCACGCCAGCGGCAGAUGCGAAGCAUUACGGGCACUUUGAAGUUUACAAUCUUCUAAGAGCAAGAGGAGCAAAAGUUCCGAAACAAAAGAAGACUCCAAUGGCAGUUUCAAAUCCCAAAGAAGUACCGGAGUAUGAGCUGAACCCACUCGAACUCGAGUUCAGAAGAGGAGAAGAAGUUACAAAGGGUCACUAUGUUGCCAAGUGGUACGGAUCCAAAGUGUUUGUUAAGAUACUUGAUAAAGACAGCUUCUCCGACGCCAAUAGCAUAAAUGAAUUUAAACAUGAGCUUACUUUACUGGAGAAGGCACGCCAUCCAAAUUUGGUCCAGUUUGUUGGAGCUGUUACACAAAAUGUACCAAUGAUGAUUGUUUCGGAGUACCAUCAAAAGGGUGAUCUAGCCAGUUAUCUUGAAAUAAAAGGUCGCUUGCAACCUUAUAAAGCUACCAGAUUUGCCCUUGACAUUGCAAGGGGAUUAAAUUAUCUCCAUGAGUGCAAGCCAGAGCCAAUCAUCCACGGUAAUCUGUCACCAAAAAGCAUUGUGCGGGAUGAUGAAGGGAAACUUAAAGUGGCAGGCUUUGGUUCACUUAGUCUGAUUAAAGUUUCAGAAGAUAAUACACAAAUGGAUCAGACGACAUCAAAAUUUAACAGUGUAUACAUCGCUCCUGAGAUAUACAGAAAUGGAACGCUUGACAGAAGUGUAGAUGCAUUUGCAUUUGGUCUAAUUCUCUAUGAGAUGAUUGAAGGAACUCCUGCUUUCCACCCAAAACCACCAGAGGAGGCGGCGAAGAUAAUUUGUUUGGAGGGUAUGAGACCACCGUUCAAGAACAAACCCAAAUACUAUCCUGAUGAUUUGAGAGAGCUUAUACAGGAGUGCUGGGAUCCAACACCUUCCGUCAGGCCGACGUUCGAAGAGAUAAUCGUACGCCUGAACAAGAUAUCCGGAAAUUGCACUAAGCAGACUCGCUGGAGAGACACUUUUAAGCUACCAUGGAAACAAGCUUCGGAGAGAUAGCCUGGAUGUCGUCGAGAUUUCCCCCCUUUUUGCGUAUGUGAGUAAACACGG